ACUGUUGUCUGUCACGUGAAUCUCACUGACCGACAACCCCAAAUAACUACAUUUUCCGCAUUUUUCUUAAAAAGUCUGUCAUUUCUGCAUAAAAUUGUAUCGCAGUAGACGAAAGACAAUGCUCUCCCGGCUGUUAAAGGAACAUCAAGCAAAACAAAACGAAAGGAAGGAGCUUCAAGAGAGACGUCGGCGUGAAGCUAUAGCAGCAGCCACUUGUUUAACAGAGGCCUUGGUGGACCACCUCAAUGUGGGUGUCGCCCAGGCCUAUGUGAAUCAGCGCAAGCUGGAUCACGAGGUGAAGACCUUGCAGGUGCAGGCUGGUCAGUUCGCCAAGCAGACAGCCCAGUGGAUCAGCAUGGUGGAAGGCUUCAACCAGGCCUUAAAGGAAAUUGGGGAUGUGGAGAACUGGGCUCGCAGCAUUGAGAUGGACAUGAGGACUAUCGCUACAGCCCUGGAGUAUGUGCACAAAGGCCAUCUUCAGGCAGCUUCUUCUUAGACUGACCUUCAGCCGUGCAGCUGGCAGAUCUGGUUACUGAUGUGAACAUGAGAGGCAGCCUGACGCAAUACAAGAGCCUGUAGUGGUGUAGACCACAUCUACUACAGAGACUGCGAAGAUACUUGGGGCUGCUUUUCCACAUUCAGAAUAAGCUGAAUUUUAGAUUAAAGAAGGAUUUUGAGUGGUGAAUCACCACAUGCAUUGUGUAGGCUUUAGAAAUGUCCAGGUAACCAGUCUAUGAUGGACUGCUAAUUCAUUCCCUGAUUAAGGCAUACAGCACAGUUUCAGUUUGACAUAAUUGUUUUACGCCUUGAAAGGAUGUAUAAAGCAUCAGUUUGGAGAACCUUUUGUUUAACCAAAACUUGUUUUUAUGAUAGUAAGUUGCAUCAAAAAUGGUUUGCGUUGUAAAUUAUUGCUUUGUUUUAUUGUUCACUACAAUAAAAUCCUGUUUUUAUGAUUA